AUGUUGAAAAGUUGUAGACAAUUACUGGGCUCCGAUGCCAGAUCGAACUUGUACAGAAAUCAGAACAAUUGGCUUUUGCCGAUAAGAAGUUUACAUAGUACUUCUGUUCUAUCCAAGGAGACCGUACAAAAGGCAAAUCUAAACUCUCAGAAUGACUCUAAGUUCAAACCAUUAACUCCCCCCAAAGACCCAAGAAAUAUUGCUCCCCCUAAUAGUUUUUUAACUAAAGCAAGUCUCUUGUUUCAAAAAAUCAUCUCGCCAAAACAGAAUAUGUUUUUCGAGGCUACCAGUACUGCGAGAUAUAUGUAUUAUGAGGCUUCACGCCAAGCAACACCAGAAAGGGAUUCUCAAGAUGCAUUCCAGUUUUGGUUUCGCAGAUGUGAAGUACCAAUGACAUUUCAGUCUUGGUUUCAAAUUACACAAUUACAUCUGUGGAUUCUUCAAACACGUAUCCGUGGUCUCCAGCCACAGGAAAAGCAGGCCCUUUCACAAGCUCUAGUAACUCGGUUUUUUGAAGAUAUGGAAUUUCGCAUUCAUAAAGAUUAUAGGAUUAAUAGCGAUCGCAUAACCGGAAUGUAUUUGAAGGAUCUGUUUCAACAGCAAACAGGCGCCAUUUUUGGAUACGAUCAAUCGAUGUUAGGUAACGAUGCUGUCUUAGCUACCGCAAUUUGGAGAAACCUGUUUGCUGGAAGCCAAAACGUUGACUUAUCUAUUCUAGCUGAAAUUGUCGCUUUUGUGCGUUUGAAUGUUUUCGAACUAUCAAAUACUUCAAAUGAAGAAUUUAUGACUAGAAGAGAUGCCUUAUUCAUUCCACCCGGUCAGCAGAUUGAGAAGGUUUAUUAA